UUGGGAAAGUAACUUCCGGUUCCGGACUUCAACGAACGACCUCAUCUUAAUGUCGUCACGCAGCCUUUUCUGCAAAAAUAUAAACAGAAAUCAACACAGCAGGCCUGAGCAGACGGAGAGCAUUUGAAAUAAAGUAACCAAAAACUCUAGCAACACACGUACUGAAAGUUACACAACGCUUAGUUAUUUAAUUUCAGCACACAACGCAAUCAAGGCUGCAGUUGUCAGUGCCAGAUCAUCAUGGCAGAAAUGGAGGAGGACAUAGCAGACCAGGUGCCUGCCGAGGAAGAUGACGAUGAGUCCGAGAGGGAUGAAGAUGAGAGGGAGUUUGACUGGGUGGUUGGGGAAGACGAUGUGGAUGAUGUGGAAGAGGAUGAUGAAGAGGAGGAUGACCCUCCUCUGGAUAGUGAGGCUGCUGGGUCAUUGGAGUUUGACGCCCCAGCAGAGCGCAGUGGUCACAUAUCAGUGGUGGAUGGAAACUGCAUGUAUGUCUGGGGCGGGUACAAGAAUUCGCUGUCUCAUGGAUCUUUUGACUUAUACUUGCCCAAAAAUGAGAUUUGGAUAUACAACAUGGAGACAGGAGGAUGGAAGAAGUGUGUGACCAGCGGCAACCAGCACUCAUCCAUGUCAGGCAGCUGUGGAGUGUGUGUGGACGGAGUGCUUUAUCUGUUUGGAGGACACCACGCCAGAGGGAACACUAACCGGAUCUAUCGUCUGCCCCUGAGAGCUCCAGAGCUGUCCUGGGAAGAGAUGAAAGAUUUGAAGGGCCUGCCACCCUCCUGCAAGGACAAGCUGGGAUGCUGGGUUCACAAGAACAGGCUAAUUUUCUUCGGAGGUUACGGCUACGUUGCACAGGGGCCUCAUAGAGGGACGUUUGAGUACGACGAAAGUUCCUCCUUCAUGGGGGACCACCCUGGGCGUGGCUGGAACAACCACAUCCACAUUCUAGACCUGGAGACGUCGUCAUGGAGCCAGCCUAUCACAAAAGGAAAUGCUCCCUCUCCCCGGGCAGCACACGCGUGUGCCGUGGUGGGCAACCGAGGUUACGUAUUUGGGGGGCGAUACAGGGAUUACCGUCUGAAUGAUCUGUACUACAUUGACCUGGACACCUGGGAGUGGCAUGAGAUGAGCGUUCCACAGCAGGGGCCAGUGGGGCGGUCCUGGCAUUCUUUCACCCCUGUGUCACCUGACCACAUCUUCCUGUUUGGAGGAUUCACCACUGUCAGAGAGACAUUAAGUGAUGCUUGGCUGUACUGUGUCAGUAAGAACGAGUGGAAGCCUUUUAAGCACGGCCACACAGAGUCUCCCCGGCUAUGGCACACAGCAUGUCCAGGUCCUGAUGGGGAGGUGUUUGUGUUCGGGGGCUGUGCCAACAACCUGCUGUCCCAACACAGGGCUGAGCUGCUUUCUCCUCAGGCUCACAGCAACGAGCUGCUGGUCUUUACUGUCCAACCUAAGUCUCUGAUGAGGGUCUGUGUGGAGGCAGCGCUGCAGCACAGGGAGCGGCUGGCCUCCUCCUGGGACUGCCUGCCCAAACAUUUGCUGCACUGCCUCCAGCAGAGGAUGGGUGACCUUAACACACUGGGCUCCUAGGAGCGUAUCCACUACUGUGUAUGUGUGUGUGUGUGUGUGUGUGUGUGUGAGUGAGAGAGAUUGUAAGAAAGAUCAAUGGCUGCCAUUACCCUAAAUGGAAAGAAACGAGAACCAGUCUUUAGGAUGCUAGGAGGAAGUGUAUUUCAGAUGAAUUGCGUGUGUGGGCAUGUUUAACUGUCCUUGUGGGGACCGGAGAUCCCCUCAAGAAUAGCAGAGUAGGAAAAUAAUUUAUUUGUGAGGACAUUUUCUUGGUCUUCACAAGUUCAAGUGCUAUUUCUAGGGAGUUUUAGGGUUAGAUUUACAUUCAGGGUUAGGAGUUGGUGAUAGUUUUAGGGUUAGGAUUCAGUUUAGGUUUUUGGGUUAAGGUUAGGUCUUGGAGUGAAAACAGGAUUUUGAAUGGGACUGAAUUGAGUCCCCACAAGAAUAGUAAAACGAAGCUUUGUGUGUGUAUAAUGUACAGUAGCAAUAGUGGACUGCCACAAACCUGUUUGAAGAGAACUGCCCACUGAUAGUUCCCACCAUUGAGACAUGGGGGGAUAGUCAGAACCUCUCUGUCAAUAAUAUGUAGAACUACUAGGGACUGUUGGUGGACUGAUGGAGAUUCUGAGUCCGCCGGAUCAGACCUGCAUAUACUACUGUUAUAGCACAGUGAGCUGCUUGGACUAUCACUGUUGUCUGACUUAGCCAGACAAAUCAAAUUGUUCAAAUUUAGCAACAAAGCUUGUUAUAGUAGUUGGGUCUACACAUAGUGUCUGCCGUGUCCGGUCCAGAUAUGAGUUCGGAACGAGGCCAUGGGGAUGUUCUUUGAGUGUCUGUAAUGAUGUAAAUUUUGUAUGGCAU